CGCCGUCAUCAUGUCGGGGCAAACACCGGUCUUUGUUAUGAACUCGGCGCCCGAGAGGCAGUCGGGCAGGAAAGCGCAGGCAUCAAAUAUCACCGCGGCAAAGACUGUUGCAGAUGUCAUCAGGACAUGUCUUGGGCCGAAAGCCAUGCUCAAGAUGAUUCUGGAUCCUAUGGGUGGUAUCCUACUUACCAACGACGGCAAUGCGAUCUUGCGAGAGAUCGAUGUCGCUCAUCCGGCUGCGAAGAACAUGAUUGAGUUGAGUCGCACACAAGACGAGGAGUGCGGAGACGGAACGACGAGUGUGAUUAUCCUCGCCGGUGAAAUUCUCGCUCAGUCUCUGUCCCAAUUGGAACGCGACAUCCACCCUGUCGUAAUCAUUUCCGCGUACAACAAGGCUCUCCAGGAGGCCCUCAACAUUAUCAAGCGGAUAUCCAUCCCGAUCGACGUCAACUCCGACGAGCAGAUGCUUUCCCUCAUUAAAACCUCCAUCGGCACCAAGUUCGUUGUCCGAUGGUCCGAGCUCAUGUGCAACCUCGCGUUGCAGGCCAUCCGGAUCGUCUCGCAGGAUCAGGAAAGCACUGGCUCACAAUUCGGCGGCAUCAAGAGCGUCGACAUCAAGCGCUAUGCGCGCGUUGAGAAGGUCCCCGGCGGCGAGAUCGAGGAGUCCCGCGUCCUGAACGGCAUCAUGCUCAACAAGGACAUCACGCACCCGAGCAUGCGCCGGCGCAUCCACAACCCACGCAUCAUCCUCCUCGACUGCCCGCUCGAGUACAAGAAGGGCGAGUCGCAGACGAACAUGGAGUUCUCGAAGGAGGGCGACUGGGAGCGCGCGCAGGAGAUAGAAGAGGAGCAGGUGAAGGCGCUCGCGAACAAGCUCGCCGAGUUCAAGCCGGACCUGGUCAUCACGGAGAAGGGCGUGUCGGACCUCGCGCAGCACGUCUUCGUGAAGCACGGCAUCAGCGCGCUGCGCCGCGUGCGCAAGUCGGACAACAACCGGAUUGCGGCGGCGACGGGCGCGACGAUCGUGAACCGCAUCGAGGACCUGCGCGAAUCCGACAUCGGCACGGACUGCGGGCUGUUCAACAUCGAGAAGAUCGGCGACGAGUACUUCACGUUCCUCACCGAGUGCAAGUCCCCGAAGGCGUGCACUGUCCUCCUCCGCGGGCCAUCGAAGGAUAUCCUCAACGAGAUUGACCGCAACCUCGCGGACGCGAUGUCCGUCGCCCGUAAUGUCGUCUUCUUCCCGUACCUCUGCCCCGGCGGCGGCGCGACGGAGAUGGCCGUCAGCGUUGGCCUCCAGCAGGCGAGCAAGUCGCUCGCGGGCGGUGUCGAGGCGUGGCCCUUCCGCGCCGUCGCGGACGCGGUCGAGGUCAUCCCGCGCACGCUCGUGCAGAAUGCGGGUGGCAACGCGAUCCGGUUGUUGACUGAGUUGCGGGCCAAGCACGCGAACGGCGAGCACCAGUGGGGCAUCGACGGCAACACUGCGAAGCUCGUCGACAUGAAGGAGUACGGCCUCUAUGAGUCCGCCAGCGUCAAGAUCCAGACAUUCAAGACGGCGAUCGAGGCUGCGCGCAUGCUCUUGCGUGUUGACGAUGUCGUGCAGGCCGUAAGGAAGGACAGGGAAGGCGGAGGUGGGGGCGGGGCGCCGCCGGAGGAGAUGAUGGCGGAGUAGGCUGACCCGGAAGUUAGACGAGUUGUAGGGUAAUAGAGGGCGAGUGAGGGCGAGGAAGAGGCAAAUAUUGUAGCAAAACGAGCAUUGCACGUCUACUUACUGUAGUAUAGAUUAUUGCAAGGGCAUACUGACCAGAUCGUGCCCUUCGCUGGGGCUCGACCUGAGGUUCAUUUGCGCCGAGGUCCGUUAACAGGGCCUCGUGGCACGGUCACGGUUACUUGCGUUAUGUCACGGUUCAUGUUCACAG